AUGCCAGACCUCUCAGCCUGGGCUCUUCCUCGGCUCAGCCAGCUGAUUCCUCUCGAUGAGGAGUCGCUGAAGCAAAUCAUCGACUAUUCAGCCACCCUCUCCAAAGAUGCCUGCGCCGAUCACCUGAAAAACCUCCUCGGCGACUCCCCCGCAGCCCUCGAAUUUAUCACCUCCUUCAAUGCGCGUCGCAAUGACGGGUCCCCCGCAACCUCAUCCGCUCAGAGCUAUACGGCAGCAGCUACAAAUACCCCAGACCGACCGAAGGGAAGAAGUAAAAAAGAGAAGAAGCCCUUGCACAGUGCUGGUCCCCCACGCCGCCCCGAGAACUAUGGUGAUGUGGGCGGAGGCUACAUGAAGUCCCAGCAGGGAGAGGACUACAUGUCUGCCAGCAAGCCUACAGCACAUGUAUCAGGGCUUUCUGCCCCCGGAUCCUCCGCUUCUUCUCGUGCUCAUUCGCCAAAACCCGCGGCUCCCCCGAAAGCGCCUCCGUCUGCAUCGGGACCUGUCCUGUCGGAUCUGCUACCAAAUGUGCGAUCCAAAACAAGCAAACCGAGUCGCCAAGCGGGAGGAGGGGGUGGUGGUAAUUCAGGGAGCUCCUCAAAGUCAGGCGGAUCGCUGACCACCAACAAUAUCUCCGAUCUGACGGCCGCGAUUGCCAUGCUGGAGGUCUCAACUAACCCGAGCCUGGGUUCAGAGAAGCGCAAAUGCAAUUGUUAUGCUACUAUUCACCCACUAUUUGACCCCGCGCCCAACUGUGUUAAUUGCGGCAAGAUUAUCUGUUCACUAGAAGGACUCCAGCCCUGCUCAUUCUGUGGUACUCCCCUUCUCUCUGCAGAGGAGAUCCAGGGUAUGAUCAAGGAGCUGCGUGCGGAGCGUGGACAAGAAAAGAUGCGCGCUCAUAAUGAAAGUGUCCAUCACGAAGGGGGCCCAAAACCAACGGGCUCCGGACCGGCCCCUUCGAGCAAGUUGGAUGCCGCAAGGGCUCACCGUGAUAAGCUCCUCCAGUUCCAAGCCCAAAAUGCUCGUCGAACUAAGGUGGUGGACGAAGCCGCUGACUUUGAGACUCCCAACGUGGCUUCAACACUAUGGAUGAGUCCUGCGCAGCGAGCGCUUGCCUUGAAAAAGCAGCAGCGUAUCCAAAGAGAAAUCGAGGAGAAGGCACGUCCAGAAUGGGAAAAGAAGAAGACUGUUAUGAGUCUAGAUAUCAAGGGCGGCAAGGUCCGAAGAGUAUACCAAUCUGCGACCGUCGAAUCUACCCCGGUGGUUAGUGAGCCCGAGCCUGAAGACGUUGUCGAACCCGAGCAAGCAUCAUCAAAAGGACAUGCAUUCAGUCACAAUCCACUCCUUGCAGCAGGAGGACUGAUGCGUCCGGUUUGGCGUGCUCCCGAGGGCAAAGGUACCGAAGCUGGAGAGCGGGGAGAGCGGAAGCAAACGUGGCGUCGUGUGCAGGAUGACAAUGAAGAUAACGAGCAGUGGAUCUUGGAUGGUGGGUUGCAUGGGCACGACGAGACAGUUUGA